UCGCCCGCAGAGCAGCGCAGGUUGGUGGGAGACGCGAGCGGUGCGAGGCGCGGAGCGGAGCCGCCGCGGGGCGAGGGGCGGCCGGGGCAGGUGCCGGGGCCUCCCGACGCGACUGGCCGCUGCUGCUGCAGAGCCAUGCUUGCCAACUCGGCCACGAUGCGGAUCCUCAUCAAGGGGGGGAAGGUGGUGAAUGACGACUGCACCCUGGAGGCCGACGUCUACAUUGAGAACGGCAUCAUCCAGCAAGUGGGCCGGGAGCUCAUGAUCCCGGGAGGGGCCAAGGUGAUCGACGCCACCGGGAAGCUGGUGAUCCCGGGCGGCAUCGACACCAGCACUCACUUCCACCAGACCUUCAUGAAUGCCACCUGCGUGGACGACUUCUACCAUGGCACCAAGGCUGCUCUGGUUGGAGGGACGACCAUGGUCAUCGGCCACGUGCUGCCCGACAGGGAGACCUCCCUCCUGGACGCCUAUGAGAAGUGCCGGAGCCUGGCCGACCCCAAGGUCUGCUGUGACUACGCCCUGCACAUGGGCAUCACCUGGUGGGCCCCCAAGGUGAAGUCGGAGAUGGAGAGCCUGGUGCGGGAGAAGGGGGUGAACUCCUUCCAGAUGUUCAUGACCUACAAGGACCUGUACAUGCUGCGGGACAGCGAGCUCUACCAAGUCUUCCUCGCCUGCAAGGACAUUGGCGCCAUCGCCCGGGUGCACGCUGAGAACGGGGAGCUGGUGGCGGAGGGCGCGAAGGAGGCGCUGGAUUUGGGCAUCACGGGACCAGAGGGAAUCGAGAUCAGCCGACCGGAGGAGCUGGAGGCUGAAGCCACGCACCGUGUGAUCACCAUCGCCAACCGGACUCACUGCCCCGUCUACCUGGUCAACGUGUCCAGCGUGUCUGCCGGCGACGUCGUGGCUGCCGCUAAGAUGCAAGGGAAGGUGGUGUAUGCAGAGACCACCACGGCGCACGCCACGCUGACGGGCCUGCACUAUUACCACCAGGACUGGUCCCACGCCGCCGCCUACGUCACCGUGCCGCCCCUGCGGCUGGACACCAACACCUCCACCUACCUCAUGAGCCUGCUAGCCAACGACACCCUCAAUGUCGUGGCUUCCGACCACCGGCCCUUCACCAGCAAGCAGAAAGCCAUGGGCAAGGAGGACUUCACCAAGAUCCCCCACGGCGUGAGCGGCGUGCAAGAUCGCAUGAGCGUCAUCUGGGAGCGGGGUGUGGUCGGGGGGAAGAUGGACGAGAACCGCUUUGUAGCUGUGACCAGCUCGAACGCGGCCAAGAUCCUCAACCUGUACCCACGGAAGGGCCGCAUCAUCCCCGGGGCCGACGCAGACAUCGUGGUGUGGGACCCUGAAGCCACCAGGACCAUCUCUGCCAGCACCCAGGUGCAGGGGGGAGACAUCAACCUGUACGAGACCAUGCGCUGCCACGGGGUGCCGCUGGUCACCAUCAGCCGCGGGCGUGUGGUCUACGAGAAUGGCGUCUUCAUGUGCGCUGAAGGCACUGGCAAGUUCUGCCCACUCCGCUCCUUCCCCGACUCCGUCUACAAGAAGCUCGUCCAGCGGGAGAAGAGUUUAAAGUUUAGGGGCGUGGAGCGCACCCCCUACCUGGGGGACGUGGCUGUGGUUGUGCAUGCUGGGAAAAAGGAGACGGGGACUCCACUUGCAGAUACCCCCACCCGACCUGCCACUCGACAUGGGGGCAUGAGGGACCUUCACGAGUCCGGCUUCAGCCUAUCCGGUUCUCAGAUCGAUGACCACGUUCCAAAGCGAGCUUCGGCCCGGAUUCUCGCUCCCCCCGGAGGCAGGUCUAGCGGCAUUUGGUAAAACCAGCGACCUGUCCCCAAACUAAGGACGCAGCAGCAGCACCCCACUCCUCCUGCUGGCCCCGCCCCCACUGGAAGACCUGGCCAUGCCGCCUCCACCCACCCCGGGGCACCGGGACACCACAGUGCUGUCCAGCAGGGCUGUUUGCCAUCCAGUCCCGCCAGGCGGUGGCGCCCGCUGGGAGGAGGCUGCAAGCCGUGCCCUCCUGCGGGUGGGCCAUGGUAGGGGUGCCCUCACUGUAUGGCCAUGCACCCGCGCAUGACUGCAGCUCCUUUCUGUGAGAUAACGUUUGCUUUGCAGGCUGCACAGCUGGGCUCCUGGGCCCACUGCAUGCAGCGCAAGUCAGCAGCAAGCUGCCUGCGGCAUGGGGCAGGUGGGCGCUGGUGCGGGCCAGGCCGGGCAGGGGGAGGGAGGGAGGGCGGCCUCUACGUUCCCUUUUCUGUUUGCACGUUGGGUUUGGAUCAGUGAGUUUUGACUUGUUUGUGCAUCACGUGAAAAUAAUCCCAGGUGGUUUGUGUCAUUAGCGUUAGGGGAGAAGCGGGAGAAGGUCCGGGCCCCAUGGCGGGAAGGGGGCGCAGGACCCCCCACACCAGGCUGCUGACUCCAUGCUGUGGACAGCAGGCUCUGAAAGGAGGGUGAGGCCCCCCCUCCCUGGUACACACGGAGCAAGGGCCCCUGACUACAUCCAGAUGUGCUACCCCCCCACACCCACACCCAGAUCCCUGUGUGGGGACGUGCUACACACACAGACCCAGAUCCCUGUGUGGGGACGUGCUACACACACAGACACAGAUCCCUGUGUGGGGAUAUGCUAAACCAACCCUCCGUCCCGUGGCUGGGCUCCAUUCGAUGGGUGAUGGCAUUGAGCCCCCUUGGAAAGCAUUGAGUACCUCGGGUGAACAGGUAUGUCUCUUCCCUCUCCCUGUAGGUGGUUGCCAUGGGAACGAGCCCAAUGAAGCCACCUCCCAGCUGAACCAGGUUCAGGAGUUUGAAAAAUCCAAGGUUUCCGAGCAGCAGCCGUGUUAGUCUGUAUCCGCAAAAAGAACAGGAGGACUUGUGGCACCUUAGGGACUAACACAUUUAUUGGAGCAUCAGCUUUCGUAGGCUACAGCUCACUUCAUCGGAUGCAUAGAAUGGAA